CAGAAGCAGCGGAGGCAAUUACCAUAUCGGAGCUAGUGGGGCUCAUAGAGAAGCACACUCGGGCCCAUGUUUUGUCUUUGACGUGCGAGGGGACUCUCCUCUACGCAGCUUCAGAAGAGAAUGACAAGCUGCAGCGCCAGCAAUUGCAGGCAGCGCAGCCGCCUCAUAUAGCGGCGUUGUUUGGAGAGCAUCAGCAAGAAACGCUCCCCGACCCGGAGACGAGCCUCACUGAGGCUUUGCGCCAUUUAGGAUUAGCUCCGAGUUGCGGCGAGGUGCAGCAGCUUCGCCAGCAGCAACAGAACAGGAGUGCAAGGCGUCUGCAUCAACAGUUUAAGGGCCCCACUUGGGCGGUGAUCCGCAUAGCGGCUUCGGAUCCGUUUGGGUUUAGUUGGUUAGAGGGUGCGGGCAGUGACUUAAUGCUCAAGGCCACAGACGGAGCGCGGCCAUAG